AUGCCUGCUGCUGCAGCUGCUCUGCAGCCGCAGCAGCAGCAGCAGCACCUGCUGCUGCCCCCACAGACAUGUCACGAGAACACCAGCGCGAGGCCCUCCUCAGGGGCCCCUGCCUUCGUGAGGCUGUGGCCUGGGGGCCCUGGGAGUCGAUCCCAGGGCCCCCAUGCAAAUCGAUCCCAGCAGCUCCCAAGCCGUUCGCUGCAGCAGGGGCUGUGGGGCCCCCCCAGGUGCAGCAGGCGCAGCAGCAGCACCUCCUCUUGGGGCCUCGGGGCCCCCCUACUGGCCUCAACGGGUGCGGGGGGCCCCCAAGAGGCUGAGACUGAUGAGGACCUUGUGGAUUUUGAGCCUUGGGGGCCCCAGGCUUCCCCAGAAAUAUCUCCCGAGGGCCCCCCCGCUCAAGUGCCCUUGAGGGAGUUGGGGGCCCCCCGGAUCCCGGGAGCUAUAGAUGUUCAUUUCGGGGCCCCUGGCGGGGCCCAGAGGCCGGAGGGGGGCCCCCCCCCCGGGGGGGCCCCCCAGGGGCCCCCAGAGGCCCAGAGGGCCUGGAAGCACCUGCAGUUGCCGCUGGAAAGUUUUCUCUUCUUAGCUGUUGACGCAGAGACAGACGCAAUUAGUUUCCUUAAGGAGGGUGCCACCCACUUCCUGAGAAAUGCCCACUCGAAGACAGGGGGCCCCCAGGGGGGCCCCCAGGGGGGCCCCCAGGGGGGCCCCCAGGGGGGCCCCUAUGCGGGGGAGGCCCUCGGGGCCGACGCCUACGAGCUGCGGCUGGCCCAUGCGUUGUUCACAGAAGCAGCAGCUGCUGCAGUGCAGCGGAGAGUGGCAGCUCAGUCUGCUGCUGCCAAAGAUGCUGCUGCAUUUAAGACUUUAAAGAAGCAAGUAGACUCCUUCUUCCAGGCCCUGUACCCGCGCGUGCCCUCGCCGCGGCCCGCGCUGCAGCAGCAGCAGCAGCAGCAGCAGCAGCAGCAGCAGCAGCUGGAUUCUCCCUUGCAGAAGGUGGCAGAGACCUGGGAGGAGUUCAGAAAGACUCUCUUCUCCUCAGAAGAAGUUCCUCCUUUCCAGAAUGUCCCUGUAGUCAUUCAAAAGGGUCAAAACCCUUUGUGGGGUGUUCAUAGAGCUGCAGCCACUGAGGGGGCCCCCGGGGGCCCCCCGCUGCGGCGGAAGCUGCUGCUGCGGCUGCCCGAGCUGGCCCUCCACGAGGCCCUUCUGAGGCCCCUGGCAGCCUCCUCUGAGGAGCCAGCAGCAGCAGCAGCAGCAGCAGCAGCAGCAGCAGACGCUGCUGCUGGCAGCAGCCGCAUCCUUCGCUGGGCAAUCCUCAGCGCCAUGGUCAGGUACAGGGAGCUGCUGGACCCUGAGCUCUUUGACCUCCAGCCGGACCCGAGGGGCCCCCUAGAGGGGCCCCCAGGGGGCCCCAUGAGUGUAGGCCUCUCAGCUGCUGCGCGGCGGCGGCGGCUGCUGCUGCUGCAGACCCUCUUCGAGGCUUACCCUAGUGCGGCCCCAAGGGGGGCCCCAAGGGGGGCCCCAGGGGGGGCCCCCAGCGGGGGCCUCCGGGCCCGCAGGGCCAACCCUUUGUGGCUGCUUCCCCUGGGGGCCCCCCUGAGGGCCUGGAUGGAAGCUGCUGCUGACCGCGGCCCGGGAUGGGGGCCCCCCUUGCCCCACCAGUUGUCUUUAUCGCAGCGGCGGCUGCUCUGCAGCUGGCUGGGGGGCCCCUGCACAAGGCUGGACCUCAGCUCUGUAUUCCAGGCACUGCAGCAAAGCGGUGCAGCAGCAAACUGCGAAGAAGCAGCAGCGCUGCUGGAGGGCUUUUUGCUGUCGCUGGACCUCAAGCCCCCCGAGCUGGACAAGCUGGACGAGCAGCUGCAGCGGGCGGGGGAGUGGGGCCCGGGGGGCCCCCUGCGCGGCCCCCAGGGGGGCCCCCCAGGCCUGCUGGGGGGCCCCUUCGGGGGCCCCCGCGAGGCAGACUGCACCAGCGCUGCUGCCCUGCUGGCCAUCCCGGCCUUCAUUGAGGCCCUCACUCUCAAUGGAGUCGAGGCUGGGGCCCGCGUUGUGGCUCCUUUGAUGGCGCAGCUGAAUGAGCAGUCCCGCAGUUUGGCGGCGGCGCUGGACUUGCCCUCAGCAGCAGAGUUCAGCCAGGAAAGCAGCAGCAGCAGCAGCAGCAGCAGCAGCAGCAAAGGGGGGCAUCUUAGGCAGCUCUCGCGGGAACAGCUGCUGCAGCAGCGAGAAGAGUUCUUGAUGCUUCUGAACACGAUCGAGAGGCGGCUGCUAGUGGCUAUCACCGAGACCCUAGAAGGCUCAAUUUUGGGGGGCACUGCCCUUCACGCGCGGAGGCUGGCUCCGGAGCCUGAGGGGCCCCCCCCAGCAGAUGAUGAAGAAGCUGCAGUGAGGACUUUUGUGGAGGCCCAGAUGUUUCUGCGAGACCUCUUUCACACCAUGCGGAAGACCCUGCAGCUGCCGGGGGCCCCCGGGGGCCCCCAGAGGGCCCCUCUAGGCCUGGCCGCGCCAGCCCCCGUGGACCAGGUGGGGGCCCCCAUUCCAUUUCCCUCUUUCUCGGACUUGCUGUCAACUCCAGGGGGCCCCCAGGCUGCGUCUGAGGGCGGGGGGGGCCCCAUCCUGGCGACCCCCAGCGCGCUUGCUGCUGCUGCUGCUCGCCUGUACGCCUUUUUCCUAGUUAACUGCUUCGGGAGGGCCCUGCCGCAGUCUGUGAAGCUGCGGAUCUCCAGGGGCCUCAACGCCCCCACUGCUGCUUCUCUGAGGAUUACUCGAGAAGACUAUGAUGGCAGUUUGAGGGCGGAGUGGGCCCUUCACAUUCACCCUGACAUCCAGCAGCUGCCUUUACUGGCUUCUUCUCUCCUCAGUUCCAUGUUUGCCAUUUAUAAGGACGCGGCGCUGCCCCCGCUGGCCUUCUUGCCCCCGGGGAUUCCCCCGCUGGAGGGUCUGGAGAGGGGGCCCCCCGGGGAGGGUCGGGGGGCCCCCAGCAAGGGGCCGGGGGCCCCCUGCUGCAGCGCAGUGAGCAGGUGGGGGGCCAUCAGGAGAACUGCAGAGGCCAAUGGCUGGCCCUUCUACGUGGGGCUGCAGGACGGCGAGCCGCUGCAGCUGGCGCUGGCCACUUCCAUAUGCCCUUUAGAGGGGGGCCCCGGGGACCCUGCGCUGGCUUUGGGGUGCCAGAGGCCCCUACUUGAAGUCCUUUCUAUUAGCCCCGCAUCCCCCACUGCAGCAGCUCCCCAGCGCCCUGCGGGGGCCCCCGAGCGGGCCCCUGAGGGGGCCCCUGAGGGGGCCCCUGAGGGGGCCCCUGAGGGGGCCCCUGAGGGGGCCCCUGAGGGUCUUUCUCUCAGUGAUCUCCGCACAGCUGUACCCAUAGGGGCCCCCGGCAGCGUCAGUGCGGCUCUCAGCCUCACCGCCGCAGAGACGCAGCAGCUGCUGCAGGCCGCGAGGCCCGAGGAACGCGACAAGGUGCUCGCGGCGCUCGAAACCUGCACGAGGCGUCGCAUGCGCAGGGAGACGAGCCGCAGCAGCAGGAGCAGCAAGGGCAGGCAGCAGGGGAGCAGUGGUGCUGCUGCGGAGUUGCUGCAGCUGCGCUGCAGCUUCUGGGUGUGCGGGGCGCAGGCGCAGCGGUACGCAGGCCGGAGCCCGCAGACGCCGCUGCUGCAGCAGCUGCAGCGGGAGGGGCUGAGCAGCACGAGAGCCUUGUGGCUGCUGAAUGCUCUAGCAGCAAGAAGACAAGUGCUGCCCCGAAGUGAAGAAGUGGCCCGGCUGAUGGCUGUGGCCAAACCCGAGACUGCAGCUUCCCCCUUGGCAGUGCCAAGCCCCAAAGUGGAGGGCCCCGUGGCUGCACUAGCCCGGGACUGGAAGCGGGGCUCAGUGCCUUUGUGGCCGCUGGUGCAUGCGCUGUGGGCCGGGGACAGGGGCGCUGCUGCUGCUGCUGCUGCUGCUGCUGCUGUUGCUGUUGCUGCUGACCUCGGCUCCAAGCAGGCAGACACCCAAGAAGAGCCCGACAGCAAACAGGAGCUCGACACUUGGGCCUGGAAAGUUGCUGAGAAAUUCCGCAGAGACGCGCUGGGGGCUGCCUUUUUGCUGCGGUGGCUGGAGGGCCACACGCGGGGGCUGCAGCACUCGAGCGACUGCGUGCACACGGGGACAACGGGGGUGGACCUGAGGGGUAUACUGGGGGAGGGGGCCCCCCAGGGGGCCUCCCAGGGGGCCCCUCGGGGGCCCCCCGGGGGGGCCCCCACGGGGGCCCCCCAGGGGGAACUCGCGUCUGCAGCGGCGAAGUCCCUUCUGCAAGAAGGACUCAAGUACCUCGAAGACCUCCACGUCACUGAACACCAGCACCAACACUCCCACCGGCAGCUGGUGCUGCAGCACUUGCUGCGCAACGCGGACAACGCAGAGGGGCUUGCUGAGGCUGUGAGCCAGAGCUGCGCGGGCCUGGGGGCCCCCAAGGGUACUGAGGGGCAGGGGCCCCCCGCUGGGGCGCAGGCGGAGGAGGGAAAGAUAGCAGCAGAAGAGGCCCAGCGAGCUGCAGAGGCCGAAGCCCUCGUGAAGGAGGCGCUGCAGAAUCCGGAGAAGAGAAAAGUCCCGGAGGCGGAAAAGGCAGCAGUUGCCUGGAGGCUCUACUCGCUGCUAAACACCAAGUGCUUCUCCAGGGCCCUCCCCCCCAAGCCCCAGCUGCUCUUCGCAGACCCCAAUGCCCUCAUUGCCAAGGGCGGGACUCUCCACAAGGCUUCUUUUCCCCCCACAGUCUUGGCCGCGCACUUGGCCUUUCUAAAGGACUUCCGCCGCCCCCUCGUCAUUUGUAUUCACCCGAAAGUGCAGGACAUCUUCCUGCUGGGCCAUUUGCUGCUGCAGCAAAUGAUGCAGCUGAUGGGCCGGGUGUACCAGCCCUUCACAACUCUGGGUGUCGAUACACCUGAGCGCCUGAAGCAGCACAUCACAGCUAGCCAGCUAGCUCCCCUGGCGGACCAGUACGCUAGCCAGCUAGCCAAAGCCCCGCUGCAGCCGCCAGCUAGCGACGGCUUGCCGAGGCUGCAGAGCUUGUCUAAGCCAGACCUUGAAGACCCCGCUGCAGCAGGGGGGUUCAUGUCUUUGUCUCGUUUCUUUGAAGAGUCUGCAGCGCUUCCGGCGCUGCUGCAGCAGUCGGGCAGCAUAAGCGGGGCGGAGGCGGCGGCGCAGCAGAAAACGUUCGCCGCCGCUGCAGCAGCAGCAGCAGCAGCAGCAGACGCCCAAGGCGACAGCAGCAAGCAGCCCGCAGCAAAGCCCCACGCGCUGCACCUGGUCGCAGCAGAAGCCACUCAAACUGUUGCAGCAGCAACUCGCAACCCCGACGACUUGAGCCCCGCAGGGUUUCUAGACUCCCUAGAGUUUGUGCAAGUGGAGGCUGCGCGGCACUACGCCCGCGAGGGCACUCAGCUGCUGCCGUUUGCUGCUGCUGCUCCUGGGGAGGAGGAGGAAGACCCCCAAAGACUGCAGCAGGAAGGCACGGGAGAGCCCCCAGAGCAGCAGCAGCAGCAGCAAAAGCAAACGGACUGGCGCGAGCUCCUCACGCAGCCAGAGAGCAUCAGGUACGCAGGCAUCCAGCAAACAACUCAGCCUCCAGAGGCCUCAGCAGCCCCCACAGGCGCCUCACUGCAGCAGCAGCAGCAGCAGCAGCAGCAGCAGCAGCUUGCAUGCAUGCGCCUCCAGAGCCGUGUGCGAUUCAGGCUAGUUAAGCACGCCAUGCUCAGCAAAGACGGCGUGGGGGGCUCUUCGUUGUUGGGGGAUUUAGUGGCUUCGGGAUCGACUUCUCUGGACAGAGGCAUUGAAAUUCUGGUGGGUCUGCUGCUGCAGUCUGCUGCACUCAGCAGCAGCAGCGCUGCUGCACUCAGCUGCAGCAGCAGCAGCAGCGCUGCCCCUCUAUGUCUAGGGAUAAACACGCUUUUGCCUGUGCUGCAGGCCGCGGCAGUUGCCCCUCCGGAGAAGGCCUAG